GCGCCGAGGAGGGCGGUCACUGGCAGGCAGGCAGGCAGGCGGCGGAGAGCUUCGGAGCUACCCAGCGGGACCUCGAACUGGGCGGUUCGGUGCCGGGUGUUAACCACCAGCUCUCUGGGAAUUAACAAGAUAUCGGGGCACUUUUACUUUUUUCUCCAGAGGGAUUUUGGCAUAGAGCGGCUUUUGACGUCCUUAAUUCGGGCUGUCUGGGGGAAAUUUUGCAAAGAGGGAGGACAUCGGCUCCUUUUUGCAGAGAUCUGCCGUGUUAACGAUCAGUCGUCUUUUUUUCUUUUAUAAAUAAUUCUCCCCAUCGUCCUUUGGAUUCUUUUCUUUUUCUGAAGGUUCCAUCUAUGCCUUGUAGGUCGCUAAAGCGCUAGCUUCAUCUGAACAUUUUUAGUUUUUUUCCCCUUUUAGAGCAGGAGGUGGUUGAAUAAACAAAGUAAAGGUGUCUACUGGAGUAAGGUGACCAUCCAGCAUGGAGAACGCGCACACAAAGACUGUCGAGGAAGUUUACAGUUAUUUCAGCGUCAACGAAAGCACAGGACUGAGUCUGGACCAGGUCAAACGGCAGCGGGACAGAUGGGGACCCAACGAGUUGCCGGCAGAAGAAGGGAAGUCGCUGUGGGAGCUGGUCAUCGAGCAGUUUGAAGAUUUACUCGUGCGGAUCCUUCUCCUCGCAGCCUGUAUAUCGUUCGUUCUGGCCUGGUUUGAAGAAGGAGAGGAGACCAUCACUGCCUUUGUGGAGCCUUUCGUUAUCUUAUUAAUCCUCAUCGCCAACGCCAUCGUGGGUGUGUGGCAGGAGCGGAACGCCGAAAAUGCCAUCGAGGCUCUUAAAGAGUACGAGCCCGAGAUGGGCAAGGUCUACCGACAGGACAGGAAGAGCGUGCAGAGGAUCAAGGCCAAAGACAUUGUGCCGGGGGACAUUGUGGAGGUGGCGGUGGGAGACAAGGUGCCUGCAGACAUCCGCCUUAGUUCUAUCAAGUCCACCACCCUGAGGGUAGACCAGUCCAUCCUGACAGGAGAGUCUGUGUCCGUCAUCAAGCACACGGACCCGGUGCCCGACCCCCGCGCUGUGAACCAGGAUAAGAAGAACAUGCUCUUCUCUGGCACCAACAUCGCUGCCGGCAAGGCCGUGGGCGUGGUGGUGGCCACGGGCAUCAACACGGAGAUCGGCAAGAUCCGUGACGAGAUGGCCUCCACGGAGCAGGAGAAGACGCCCCUGCAGCAGAAGCUGGAUGAGUUCGGCGAGCAGCUCUCCAAAGUCAUCUCGCUCAUCUGCAUCGCCGUGUGGAUCAUCAACAUCGGCCACUUCAACGACCCCGUCCACGGAGGCUCCUGGAUCCGCGGCGCCGUCUACUAUUUCAAGAUCGCCGUGGCGCUGGCUGUGGCCGCCAUCCCCGAAGGCCUGCCGGCCGUCAUCACCACCUGCCUGGCGCUGGGCACGCGCCGCAUGGCCAAGAAAAAUGCCAUCGUUCGCAGCCUGCCCUCUGUGGAGACGCUGGGCUGUACCUCCGUCAUCUGCUCCGACAAGACGGGCACCCUCACAACCAACCAGAUGUCCGUGUGCCGGAUGUUCAUCAUCGAUAAGGCUGAAGGGGACAGCUGCUCCCUGAACGAGUUCACCAUCACUGGCUCCACAUACGCCCCGGAGGGAGAAGUGUUCCAUGAUAGCCGGUCUGUGAAGUGCUCCCAGUAUGACGCCUUGGUGGAGUUGGCCACCAUCUGUGCCCUCUGCAACGACUCCUCUCUGGACUAUAACGAGGCCAAGGGGGUGUACGAGAAGGUGGGGGAGGCCACCGAGACUGCCCUCACCUGUCUGGUGGAGAAGAUGAACGUGUUCGACACCGACGUUAAGGGCCUGUCCAAGAUCGAGAGGGCCAAUGCCUGCAACUCGGUGAUAAAGCAGCUGAUGAAGAAGGAGUUCACCCUGGAGUUCUCCAGAGACAGGAAGUCCAUGUCUGUUUACUGCACCCCCAACAAAUCCCGCUCCUCGAUUGGCAAGAUGUUUGUCAAGGGUGCCCCAGAGGGCGUGAUUGACAGGUGUACACACAUCCGUGUGGGCAGCAACAAGGUGCCCCUGACAUCAGGCAUCAAGGAUAAGAUUAUGUCGGUGAUCCGGGAGUACGGCACGGGCCGGGACACCCUGCGCUGCUUGGCGCUGGCCACGCGUGACAAUCCUCUGAAGAAGGAGGACCUGGUGCUGGUGGACACAGCUCGCUUCAUCGAGUACGAGUCGGACCUGACUUUCAUCGGCUGUGUGGGCAUGCUGGACCCUCCCCGGACUGAGGUGGCGGCCUCCAUCCGGCUGUGCCGCCUGGCCGGCAUCCGGGUCAUCAUGAUCACGGGGGACAACAAGGGCACGGCCGUGGCCAUCUGCCGGCGCAUCGGCAUCUUCGGCGAGGACGACGCCGUUGAUGGCAUGGCCUUCACGGGCCGCGAGUUCGAUGACCUGUCGCCCCAGGAGCAGCGCGACGCCGUCCUGAAGGCCCGCUGCUUCGCCCGCGUCGAGCCCUCCCACAAGUCCAAGAUUGUUGAGUUCUUGCAGUCUUUCAACGAGAUCACAGCCAUGACUGGAGAUGGUGUGAACGAUGCCCCAGCCUUGAAAAAGGCGGAGAUUGGCAUUGCCAUGGGAUCAGGGACCGCUGUGGCCAAGACUGCGUCGGAGAUGGUGCUGGCCGACGACAACUUCUCCACCAUAGUGUCGGCGGUGGAGGAGGGCCGGGCCAUCUACAACAACAUGAAGCAGUUCAUCCGCUACCUCAUCUCGUCCAACGUGGGCGAGGUCGUCUGCAUCUUCCUGACGGCGGCGCUCGGCUUCCCAGAGGCCCUGAUCCCCGUGCAGCUGCUGUGGGUGAACCUGGUGACUGACGGCCUCCCUGCCACCGCCCUGGGCUUCAACCCGCCCGACCUGGACAUCAUGAACAAGCAGCCCCGCAACGCCAAAGAGCCUCUCAUUUCCGGCUGGCUCUUCUUCAGAUACCUGGCCAUCGGAUGUUAUGUGGGUGCUGCUACCGUGGGUGCUGCUGCCUGGUGGUUCAUUGCCGCUGAAGAUGGCCCUCGGGUCACCCUGUAUCAGCUGAGCCACUUCCUGCAGUGCUCUCCAGAGAACCCUGAGUUCCAGGACCUGGAGUGCGAGGUGUUCGAGUCUCCUUACCCCAUGACCAUGGCUCUGUCUGUGCUGGUUACCAUCGAGAUGUGCAAUGCUCUCAACAGCCUGUCGGAGAACCAGUCCCUGCUGCGCAUGCCCCCCUGGGAGAACAUCUGGCUGUUGGGGGCCAUCUGCCUGUCCAUGUCCCUGCACUUCCUCAUCCUCUACGUGGAGCCGCUGCCGAUCAUCUUCCAGAUCACCCCCCUGAAUGUCCCCCAGUGGCUGAUGGUGCUGAAGAUCUCCUUACCUGUCAUUCUGCUGGACGAGAUGCUCAAAUUCAUAGCACGCAACUACCUGGAACCUGCUCGGGAUGUGUAAGCCCUAUUCAGGAUCAGAGGUUUUCUUUUAGUGUUGUGCAUGUGUGUUGUAAGCAGCACAUCAUCUUCCAAAGACGUGCAUGUAAAAAAAAAAAAAAAUGUAAAAUAAAAUGUUUGAGAAGGGAAGGGCAAAGGGACAUCAAAUACGAUUACAAAUAUGAUUCUUAAUUGAGAGAGAGCAUGUUUUACUGGACUUUUAAAAUGAGAAAAGUGGGAAAUCAGCCAGUUCCAGUGUACCGCGUCUACCUUCCCCCAUCUGACUUCACUGCAGGGGGGGGUUUCGCUUAGCCUCCGACCAUGAAUAAGAACGUCUAAGAAGGGUGUUCACAUCCCUUUUGAACUUUGUGUACAAUGUCAUAGUUUUAUAUCAAUGUACUGCAGUGCAUGCCCUUCAGUUGAGAAUUAUCAGAACUUUUAUCAGAAAUUUAUAUAAUAGCUAUGUAUAUUAUUGCUGCGUUCAAGUCUAUAAAAUAAGCCAUUUAUAUGCAAACUGUUUAAAUGUUGAAUGACGAAAGCUCAGAGUCACCAUUUCAUCUUUUCCUAAGGAAAUUAUUUUUUUGGCAGGGGAUGGGUGGGGUUUGCGUGUGCAAAAUAACCAAAACCUUUUGUUUUGCACUGUGAUGUAACCGACUUCGACGGGAUUCUACAGAACGGGGCCGGUGGCGGUCGGUCGCUUCCGGCCACCUGAAUCCCAGGCGGCUCCGAGCUCCCGAGUUCCGGUGCUGAUGACUGUGCCGUGCAUCACAUGACCUGUGGUUUCAGUGAAAUAAACCAAAUUGUACAUGA